AAUACAUUAAACAGUAGCACAUACAUUUCCACUCCUGCAACAAACAAAAAUAAUGGGACAACUAACGUUACAGUUAUGUUACACAGUAACACAAAUACUCCCUCUUGAGUGUCUAACGAAAGCUAUGCGACAACUGAAGUUACAAAUACAUUAAACAGUAGCACAUACAUUUCCACUCUUGCAACAAACAAAAAUAAUGGGACAACUAACGUUACAGUUAUGUUACACAGUAACACAAAUACUCCCUCUUCAGUGUCUAACGAAAGCUAUGCGACAGCUGAAGUUACAAAUAUAUUAAACAAUCGCACAUACAUUUCCACUCCUGCAACAAACAAAAAUAGUGGGACAACAAACGUUACAGUUAUGUUACACAGUAGCACAGAUCUCUCCACUUCUGUAACAAAUGAAAGUAAUGUAACAACAGAUGUUACAGGAAGUGAAACUAAAGCCAACAUCACCAUGGAUGUAAUAUCUCAUUCUAAUAUCACAACAGAUGCUGUCGCAGUCACUUCCACAUCUGUAACAUACCAGAAUCCAUCUGAAUGGCAAUCUGUCACAGUGACAACGGUAGAAAUGAGCACUGAAAGUAAUUCCGAAGCUCCAUCGUUUCUCACCGAUACAACAGAUAAUUCAGGUGAAGAUUUAACAACGACUGAAGGCAACGUAGACGCUGUUACAAAAGUUACUUACAGCGAAGAAAUCACUACAUAUUUUACAGAAACAGCAUCUCCAGAUGUAACCACAGUGACCGACCUAACCAUAAACACAAGACCAGCGUCAACAAACACUACCAUAGUAACCAUACCACCAACCGCAGAAAGUACCAUGGAACCAAUGUCAUCAUUCACAGAAAGUACCACGGAAACAAUGCCACAAACAACAGACAGUACCACGGUAACCAUGCUAACAACCGGAGAAAGUACCAUAGUAACCAUGCCACCAUCCACAGAAAGUACCUCGGAAUCAAUGCCACCAACCACAGAGCGUACCACAGAGUCAAUGUCACCAAGUACAGACAGUACCACAAUACAAUCAUCAUCACCACCACCACGAACAACAGCACCAGAAACAACAACACCAGAUAUAACAACAACACUAGAUAUAACAACAACACCAGAAACAACAACAACGCCAGCAACAACACCAACAACGACAACAGCAACAACACAACCAACAACAGCAACAACACAACCAACAACAGCAACGACAACAUCGACGACAGCGCCACCAACAACCAGGACGAGUACUACAGUAAAGACAACCCCAACAUCUCAUAAAACAUUGCAAGUGAUGCUGGAACUAAAACUACCCUGGAUUACUGCUUACCUAAGUAAUACUUCGUCAGAAUAUCUUAGUUUAAAAGAUGAGCUAAGAGGAAACGUGAGUAAACAUUAUCACACUUUAUAUCCCAUGAUGCAAGUCGACUUCUUAAAUAGAACUUAAACCCUUUAAAUACGG